AUGGAAUUUUUCUUUUUGGCUAAUGAUAUUACAGACGCAAAAAAGAAGAAAGCUAUCUUUUUAGCUUCAUGUGCGAUGGAAACUUAUACAAUAUUAAAAUCGGUUGCCACACCUGUUAACAUAUUAGAUGAGCAAUUUACAUUUGAUGCGGCAACUAAACUAUUGACGAGUCAUUUUUGUCCAGCAGCUAAUAUAAUAAUUCAACGUUUUAAAUUUUAUCGGAGGGAUCAAAAAGAAGAUGAAUUAAUUACCGAAUUUUUGGCAGCGCUAAGGAAAUUGAGCCAAGACUGCAAUUUCAAUGAUUUAGAAGAAAUGUUACGAGGCAGGUUAGUCUGUGGCAUACGCGACGGGAAUUUACAAAAGCAGCUUCUGGCGAAUGACCAGUUAACAUUGAAAAUAGCGCAGGAGGAAGCUAUUGCAUCAGAAACAGCACAAAAAAAUGCGACGGAACUUAAAACGUCAGCCAGCCUUCCAGGCUUAAAUAAAAUUUUAAGCAACAAGGUAAAAAAUAUUCGUGCUCCAGUAGACCAUAUUCAGAAUUGUUAUCGUUGUCGAGGAAAUCAUUAG